CGCAAACCAUGUCAAAGCGUUGUCUUUGCAUCGCCGCCGCAUGCUGUGCUGAUACGAAUACUUGAAUCAUUCUCUAUUAGGCGUACCUCUAAGGCGUACUUCUACGGCCCACCUGGUUAAAGUUACAGCCUUGCCGUUGCCUGGACUUGCUGGCCAGCAUGGAUGAGGAAUACCGUCCACUGGAUCGAUCGCCAUACUAUGUAACGCACUCUGAGCACCUCGAUCGUGUCCUCAGCAGACCUCAGCUCGCGGGUAUUGGUAUUUCGGGCUGCGUCGGUGGAGGCAUCUUCAUCACUUCGGGUGCUCUGAUUGCAACGACUGGAUCACUCGGGGCUACCAUCAGCUAUGUCGUGGCCGGAGGCAUUGUUGCCUGUGUCAUGUACACCCUUACUGAGAUGGUGACAUGCCGGCCACUCACCGGAGCCCUCAUCGAUCUGCCCCAUACCUUUCUGGACCCGGCCAGUGGCUUUGCAGUUGCAGCCAUGUAUGGGCUAGGCAAGAUUUUCGCCAUGGCUACACUGACAGCGCACUCAGCUGAACUGACUGCUCUGCUGAAGUCUAACCCAGAGCCUCAUUCCACUGGCGCAGAGACAGCCAUCAAUAUUGCCUUUAUUGCUCUGACUACUUUUUCGCAUUGUCUCGGUGUCAAGUUUUACGGCAAGAUUGAACGAGUGGUAAUGUGGUUCAAGCUCAGCUUGCUAGUGCUUGUCUGCGUGAUGAUGGUGGUGCUCAACCUUGGAGGCGGCGGUCCAAGGGAGGGAAAGUAUUACGGGAGCAAGUUGAUCUCUCUCGGUUACCGAAUUGGCGCUAAUUUUACGGUAGACUAUACGACACAUGCAUUUACUCCCGAUUGGAAACCGAUUGGGCAUACCAACACGCGUGCCGACCCGCUUACGCUCACCGGCGUCUCUGAUGAUGCUUUUGGUAUCUCAGGGCCGGGGGGUGUCUUGUUUGCAUUCAUCACUUCAAUCACACUUGCCAUGUUCUCUUGCUUCGGGACAGAUCUUGUUGCAAUGACUGCUGGCGAGGCAAAGAACCCCUGGAAAGACGUACCCGUCACCAUGUCUUUUGUAUACAUUGUGCCGCUCAGUAUCUAUCCAUUCGCCAUGCUUGCUGCUGGAUCCACUGUCAACUAUGCAAAUCCUCACCUCUCCAAAAUAUGGGCAAGAGGUAAUGGCCCUACAAGAUCACCUUUCGUCAUAGCGGCCGAAGAGUCGUCACUCACGGCGUUACCGAGAGUUCUCAAUGCGUUCUUUAUAAUAUCGGCCUACACGACCGCAAAUACCGACCUUUAUGCGGCUUCACGAGGUGUCUUCAUGUUAUCUCAGCAAUACCUCCCGAGAAGAAUCGCCAACAUCUUUGGUCGAACCAACAAUGGGCACACGCCACUAGCAGCCAUUCUGCUAUGCUCAGCCCUUGGUUUUCUGUCACUCAUCGGCUUGGCCGACAAGUCUGGCUCGCAGCCACGCAUCACGCUGUCUGAGCUCUACACGGGCACAGCAACCUGCAUCAACCUCUGUCUCUGCCUCACUUUCCUGCGCUUCAAAGCCGGGCUCGACCGCCUCGCCAAGCGCAAAAUCUUUGGGCGAAACCACCCGCUGUACAAGACACGGCUCUUCAAGUCACGCUGGCAGCCCCUCCCCGCAUACAUUGGCAUCAUCGGCAGCGCCUUUGUACUCAUCUGGUCGGGUAUCCCGCCUUUCGUCAUCCUCGUCACAAAAAACAGCCUCACGUCCACGGGAAACCUCAAGCCAACCAUAAGCCUCGCAUUUGACGUGCUCGGCGCAUACAUUGGCCCCGUGCUCUUUGCUGCCCUCUAUCUUACCUACAAGUUCAUUUACCCGCGUACCACAGCCGUCGACAUACGCAAUCUCACAGUCGAAGACUACGUGCUACAGGACCUCUCUUCCAUCGAGCUCGAGGGUCCCGACUCAGUGCCUCCGCCCAUUCCCCGCCCUCGCUUCGACUCGUACGAAAUGGAUGCCGGAUUUGCCGCGGGAGCUUCGUCGUCGUUGUCACCCACCAACCACAUGUUUGACGACCCGUUCAAAGACGAAACCUGGCAUGUCAGUGUCAAUAUGAAUACAGAGGUGCAAGAAGAAGUUGAAGCAGAGGCGGCGAGACGCACCGAACGAGCGCGCAUCAGGCAGAUUCUCGAGAGGCGGCCUGAGAGGAUGGGACGGGGUUUUUGGAGGGAGCUUUGGAGUUUUGUCAAGACGGAUAGGGAGGAUUAG